AUGACCUACCCCUCCCUCUCUCACCCGCCCCCCUUUUUCUUCUCUCUCCAAUUUUAUCUUAUCUCUUUCAAUCAUUCUACCUCACCGUCAACCACCACCCCUCUCCGUCACCGUCACCGUCACCGUCAGUCACCGUAGACCACCCCUCACUCCGUCGUAUUCUUCCGUCAACAUCUCCGUACUUGUUCUUUUCUCCUCGAAACAACCUGGACAUGGCUCAAAAACGACCAUUUGAUGAGGAAGUGGUCGAUCAGACUUCUGCCAAGCAUCAAAGACAAGACGGACCUAGUAGCGAGAUUAACUUAGGUGAAUCUAGCAUUGCAAAAGAUGAACUGGGAUUGCUUAGAGAGCAUGAAAAUGGCAGUUGUCCUGUAAUUUCCAAGGAUGUGGUAGACGAUGUUGGUAAUGAUGUACCCAGAUCUGCUUCUUUAUCACACUGGGCAACCAGUAGCAUUAGCGAUGAAGAAGAGAUGCCUGAAGAAGUGGUUCAGCUGCCUUUUUAUCCUGGGUAUUUCAGUUUUGAACAUCCUGUAAGACCAGUUAGAAAUACCGAUGAUGUAUAUUAUUGCUUGUUGGAUUAUCCUCCAAGGAAGCGAAUUCCUGUUGGGCCUGAUCAUCAAGCAGAAAUUCCGAGUUGGGGGUCUGAGAAUACUUCACAUGAUUUAGGAACAUCUGAGACAGCAGAAUCUGACAGAAACGCUGUCGAAAUUGUUGACAGUAAUCUGAAUGGGAUCUGUAUUAUGCCAAUACCAAAAACCGAGCCUCCGCCAUACAAUGGUGAGAUGGUUGGAAGUGGUAGGGCCGAGUGCACGUGCUCAGAUCAGGGAUCUAUAAGAUGUGUCCGACAGCACAUUGCAGAAGCUAGAGAUAAACUGAGGAGAACUCUUGGUCAGUAUACUUUCAUGGAGCUGGGGUUUUAUGAUAUGGGAGAAGUGGUGGCAGAGAGGUGGAGCGAAGAGGAACAGCAAUUAUUCCAUGAAGUUGUAUUCUCCAACCCAGCUUCAUUGGGUAAAAAUUUCUGGAACGUUCUAUCUGUGGUAUUUCAUUCUCGAACGAAGAUGGAGAUUGUGAGCUACUACUUCAAUGUUUUCAUGCUCAAAAUACGAGCAGAGCAGAAUAGAUGUGACCCUAUGAACAUAGAUAGUGAUAAUGAUGAAUGGCAUGGAAGUGAUGAUGAUGGGGGCGAUGGUGGAGUUUCAGACGAAGAUGAAGACUCAGGUAUUGAGUCCCCUGUUCAUCAUGAUGGUCCCGAGUUUCAUCAAAAUGGCUUGCUUCUGCAUGAGGAUGAUCAUGAACCAGAGGAUGAUGGGGACUUCUCAGAUGAAGCCCAAGAAAACUUUGGCAGCAGCGGUGAUGGAAUUGUGAGGAAAUCUGAUUUCGGUUCUGGAUUCGACCUCUCCUGCAAGAACUCUGAUGAUGACAGAGAAAAUGAUGUUCAAGAUGGAUCAUGCACAUCCUCAGAUUCAGGUGGUCCUGCACAAGGACCCCGGUUGAAGCCUGAUGGAUGUCAUGAGUGGAAUGAUUAUAUUAUGGAUUCAUCUGAUGCUAAAGCCUGGGAUGGAUAUAGUAUGAGUUGUCCUAAACAAAAUGUAGAUUUUUUGCCGACAUGCAGUAUGAUCGAAGAGGUCUUCGGAGAUUGUGACUUUGACUCCAAAAGCAAGAGAUGGUAAGGUGCUAAACUCCUGUUAUUCUGAUGGAGGACUGAGUCCAGCAUUUUAUCCGGGCUUGUUUGUUCGAGAUUCGGGCGCACCUAGAGAACAUGCAUGAGCAUGACUAGUGUGUCUUUUUGCAAGUCUGGAAAAGAUAACCAUAUGUGUUCACUUUUCUUUUUAGAUUAUUAGAGGAUUUCAAUUUUCCUGAUGUAAAUUGCCAUUUGUGUGGAAGAUGAAAGUCCAGUAUAAAGUGUAAAAUAGGUAACUUUUAAUUUGUGGCGCGCCUACAUAAGAUGUGCGCCUCUUCUCUUUAGCUCUCUCUUCUUUUACAGCUUGUAAAAGCCUUUGUCUGGGUUUUACAACUUAAUUUUGACCCAAAGUUUUUAGUAUGAUGAAUAAACUUGAAUUUUUAAGUAUCAAGAAUAAAUGUCCUUAGUCUUUAACA